GGGGGAGAGAGAUCAACUAACGGACGAAACAGGACAAUAACGGGACCGUGGGCUUUGCGUGGGAGGGUCCCACUCUUGGCGAUAAGAACAAAGACAGAGAUGACCGAGCAGGAUUUGGUAGAGGAGUAAAUGGGAACCAGGAGAAGGGGACUGGACCAGUGUCGGAUGAACGGAGGGGCUCCAGGCUGCAGCCCACCCCUCCUUCAGCCAUGCCGCUUGUAUUCCGCACGCUGUUGUUCGGCUUUGUAACCCUGCUGGUGGUGCUUUUGAUAAUUGAUGAUAUUGCAGAAGUGGAGGAAGAAACUGCAAAUGCUGGACACUCAAAGAAGAUGAACUUGCAUCGACUCAUCCCUAAACCGCACAGAAAGGCUGUGGCGCAUGUCAAACCAACUGCUUUGGCAAGAUCAGCUAAAGAUAUAAAUCGUCAUCAUCCGAGCUGCAACAACACUGCCAAGCUCUCAUCCAACAGCUGGACUUUCAACAAGACCCUUUCUAACAUCAUCAGGAAGAACAUUCUGCGAUUCCUUGAUCCGGAGCGUGACAUUUCUAUUCUGAAAGGCACACUUAAACCAGGAGAUAUCAUCCAUUAUGUAUUUGAUCGACACAGCACCACAAACAUCUCAGAAAAUCUCUACCGUCUCCUGCCAACUGUGUCCCCGAUGAAGAACCAACAUCACAGGCGUUGCGCCAUCGUCGGAAACUCUGGGAUCUUACUCAACAGUAGCUGCGGACCUGAGAUCGACUCCCACGACUUUGUCAUCAGGUGUAACCUGGCACCGGUGGAGGAAUACUCUCAGGACGUGGGCCGGCGAACCAACCUGGUUACAAUGAACCCCUCGGUGGUACAGCGAGCCUUUCAGGACCUGGUUAGUGAUGAAUGGAGGGAGCGUUUUUUACGGAGGCUGCAGAGCCUCAGUGGCAGCGUGCUGUGGAUACCGGCUUUCAUGGCCAAAGGGGGAGAGGAGCGUGUGGAGUGGGCCCUCCGUCUCAUCCUGUUGCACACUGUGGACGUGCGCACCGCCUUCCCCUCACUACGCCUUCUCCACGCUGUCAGAGGAUACUGGUUGACCAACAACGUGCACAUCAAGCGUCCGACCACCGGCCUCCUCAUGUACACCCUGGCCACUCGAUUCUGUGAAGAGAUCCACCUCUACGGCUUCUGGCCCUUUCCUCUGGACCCCCAUGGGAAAGCAGUCAAAUACCACUACUACGAUACUCUGAAAUACGAGUACACAUCCAGCUCCAGUCCUCACACCAUGCCUUUGGAGUUCCGGACCCUGAGCACUUUGCACAGACAGGGGGCGCUCCAGCUCCAUACUGGGACCUGUGAUCUGUCGAGUGGACCACAGAGGGAGCUGCAGAAUUAAGAUCUCCAUGGAAACCACUUCAGACUCUGUGCAAACAUUUUUCUUCUUACUGUACUUUUAUGACACUUGAAUUAAGAUAUUUUCGGUAUUUCAGAACAUUUUUCUAUCUAUUGAGCUUUUAGAGACUUGUCUCAACAGCGUGUUUUACCUUUUAAGAGAUUUCUAUGGCAACCUUUAAAAUAACAAAAACCCCUUUUAUUUGCUUCCUUCUGCUGCUGUUCACUUGUUCUUUGAGAUCCUGCCAUGACCAUCUGUUGGCCCCUUAAUUUAAUACCGAGUGUUUAAAAUGGAUAUGAAAUACUUUAAGGUUGCACAAUUGCUGAGACACUGUAAAUGUAUGACUUAGUUUACACUGCGAUAGGGCUCCAUUAAGGGUGUGUAGUAAUGUACCCAAUGUGUCACCAGCAUGACGACUUGUUCAAGUAAUGGCUCCUGUGAGUCACUAUUUGAACCACAAGAUGGAAGCACUUAAUUAUCAGGGAGACACAAUGAAAGAAAAAUGCUGCCGACCUUACACACAUUUGUUAGUUUGAUAUAAUGAACCCUUUUAAUUAGGACGUUUUAGUGACUUGAUAUGAUAUUCAUCUUGUAAUUCCAAUUUCUACUGUGAUUGUUUAGGUAGUUUUGUAGCUUCUUAUGAAUAGUAAUAGCCCAGAGUCCAUGUUAUAAUAAAUAUCUGAGUGGGCGUAGAUGAACAGAAGUCUUAAGUCAGUUAAUCAGAUAUGCCGUGUGAUCAUGUUCAGUUACCGUGGCAGCGGAGUGAAGAAAUAAAAGCACGCUGAGUUGCACUCACCUUCAGUGAAGAAAACAGGGAGUGUACCAGCUGUUCACAUAGGACUGUUUACAUAGUCUUAGCAAACUUCUCUAACAGGCUUUUUGUCUCUGAACUGGAAAUGUUAAAGUCAGACUGUAGCUUUCUACUUUUGGAUGAAUGUAUAAGCAUUGCAACAGAUGCUGUAAGAAUCGAGCCCCUUAAUGUGCUUUAAUGUAAUUCUUAACCUGUCAUGGAUAAAUAACACUUUCGAGUGCAAUAAGCUUAGAAGAGCUGACAACUUGAUGGCCUUGUGUGUGUCUGAGUUAAUGUUCCACCAGUAUAGGUGAUCAGAGUAUUUGUGAAAUUUGACUAAAGCUGCCAAGAGAUGACAUUUUGUGCCUGUUGUCCAUGUAUCUUUAUAAUGUGACCAUUCCCAUAUGUUCAGGGGUCAUUAAAGACUCUAAUGCAGUGGAUGGAAAUAAUACGUCAUAUGAAUGUUUUAAUGUAGUCAUUUGUUAAAUAACAUAAAGACAAGAGAAUGUGCAAACAGAAUGUGCAAAAAAAAAAAAAAUGCAGAUUUGCUUUUUGUGCAAAUAUGGUCAUGAAAGAGAGUUCAUUAUGAAAAUUAUGUGAAAUUUUUAUGUGAAAUUAGUGAAAUUUUGAGUGAAAGGCCAACAUCCAAUUGAUAUAUCAUGGUAAAAAUAUCAGUCUAAUGCUAGUUAUUCUUAAAAUAUCUCUCAUCUCAGUGAAGGUCUAAAAUGUUUAUACGGUUUCUACAUUGACCUGAAGCUGAAACUGGGACUUUUUCCAAGGGAUGUGCGUAUUUUUCUCCAAGAAAAUGCCUUGUCUAAUUAAAAUUAACCAAGGUAUUUGAAAUAUUCCAAGUGUACUGCAGUUCAACAAGUAGCCCCUCAUGUGCUUCCAAACAUGUGAUUUGUCCAUAAAAAUGUUUUGACAGGAUGCGCCUGUAGUCUAACAUGUUGGCCUUAUUACGCUGCCAAUUAAGUUAAGAAUAGACAUGAAAGUUCUACUACGGACGUCAACAGGCUGGAGCAAUGAAAGGUUUAUUUGUGAGAGCUUGUCUGCAGGAAGCAAAAAUAGAAACUCUCAGUAACCAACAUGACAACAUUUAUUAACCCAGAAUGUUGAAUUUGUCACAGUUGACCAAAACACUCAAGUGAGAUGUUGUUUUUGCUGUGAAGAUAUAGUGAUUAUAUUGUAUAUGGCAUUUUAUUAUUUUGUUUACACUAUCUAUACAUCUGUCCAAAGCUUAGGCUGGAAACAAAUCUUAACUUUUGCAUGUUUUUCUCAUUUUUCUUAACCUCUGAAUCACUGACGACCCCUCCAAGCAUAAUCAUUAAGUCAUAAACAUGAUACGAGUACCAAUAUAGGCAUGCUACAUAUUAUUUGAAGGCUUUGAUUCUCCAUAUUUUUUGCUGUUUGGGUAUUUUUUAUGGAAAUCAUGAGUACUAAAGCGUAAUUCAUCAUAAAGUCAAUAAGUGUAUAAAGAAUUGUUCAUGUUCCUUUAGUCCAGGGAGAGUCCGUUAUGAUUUUAGGAGGUUUAGAUAGAGAAAAUGUCCUCAUAUACAGGUCCGCAGCAUCAUUAGUUAUAAUUUAGUUGUACAUUAAUUUAUAAAUAUAUUCAAGUAGCAUUGACAUUGUAUCAGUAUCUGUACUAUGUGAACUCAAUGAUAAAAAUUAAAUGAAAAAAACAAUAAUUUGUUGCCAUUUCAUCAGUAUUUUUUAGUGCAACUCUGGAUUCUGGAGGUUUCAUAUAUUCAGUAUAACUCCAAGAACACCUAUAUUUUACAGUUAUGUGCAAAGUGAACGUUCUUGCCUGUAGCAGUAACUACAGAAAGGAUGAGAAUGGAAAAGAAAUAAAACUUCAAGCCUCUUGCUUAAAACGAUUUAAUACUUCAAAGGAAGCAGUUUUAUUUCAGUAGUGUUUCAAAUAAAAAGGAAACAGCCAUGGGUACACAUAACAUCUCCGUCAGAAACCAAACAGAGCUGAGUCUUCAAUUAAAUGUUAACAGUUUGAAACAUUUAACAUUUUUUUGGUUUACAUGUGGGAUUAAGGAAAUUAGCUGCAGUCUUUAAAUAGGUACCACAAUGACUUUGAUUCAUUUAACAAGAGGAACAUUGUGAAGCAGAUCUCAGCUCUAACAAAAAAAAAAAAAAGUCCAGAAAUAGUAUCAUUAGAUGAACAGGUUUUUCCACAACUUCACAGACAUAAAGAUAAAACAACAAGAGAUGGAACAGGAUAACUGUACAACAGAGUGUUUUGUGCAAGUUUAUCUGCUAGUGGCAAACUUAGCAGAGCCACAAAAACGGACCUGCAGUUUUCUUCACAUAUAGAAUCAAAGAUUUAACCUGAACAAUACUGAAAUGACAAGUGGUCUCGUGUUAUAUGUACACUCCAACAGAGCAAAAACAUAACAUACCAGCAGCAGUCAGCCAAGUCAGAAGAACAUUUUAUCAAAAAUACGGCUGAAAGUUUUAUUUACACAAUGAUUUCAUGUACUAUUCAUAAACCUUGUCUCACAUUCACACAGGCUCCUGCAUGUCAACUAUAUAUUCACUAUAAAUGUAUCCAGUCUUAUGCUAAUGUUAAUAAUUUGCUUUUGAAAAGAAAAAAAAA